UGCCCUCUGAAUCGGAGAAGAGAAGAUUCUCUCUCUCUCUCUCUCUCUCUCUCUCUCUGUAAAUGGAGUGCUCUUGGGAUUUCUGGGUCGAGCAAGCUGUGGCGAGAUUGGAAUCGUUGAAAGUCCUGCGUUCUCUGAGGCCCAUUUCCCUGCCUUCAAAAGAAUCCAGCACCGUCGAGGAAUCAGAUAAUGCCGUUUUGGGCACUGACGAUUUCGAGACGUUCGAUGGUUUGGGAGCGUGGGACCGUUCAUCGGUGGAGAUCGAGAUUGCGGAAUCCACUUUCCAGAAAUGGGUCCAUGAUAUUCCUAGUUCUGGAAAUGACACCAGUUGUAGAGAUGGACACAGAACACUAAUGGCCUGCCCUCCCCAGUCGAAAAUGCUACUUCUCUUCUCAGGAAAUGAUUACUUGGGGUUGAGUUCUCAUCCGACAGUACGGAAGGCCGCUGCUAAGGCAGCCCAAGAGCAUGGAAUGGGCCCCAGAGGGUCCGCAUUAAUCUGUGGUUACACUAAUUAUCACAGGCUGCUAGAGUCAUCCUUGGCAGAUUUGAAGAAGAAAGAGGAUUGUCUUCUAUGCCCUACUGGGUUCGCUGCCAAUAUGGCUUUAAUGGUAACACUAGGAAGUGUUAGCUCUCUUUUGGCUGCUGGCAGAAAACCUUUGAAUGAUGAGAAGGUAGCCAUAUUUUCAGAUGCUCUGAACCAUGCAUCAAUCAUUGAUGGUAUUCGUCUCGCUGAACGGCAACAGGAAGCAGAGGUCUUUGUGUAUAGGCACUGUGACAUGGUCCAUCUUAAUGCUUUAUUAUCAACUUGCACAAUGAAGAAAAAAGUGGUCGUAACUGAUGGCUUGUUUAGUAUGGAUGGAGAUUUUGCACCUGUGAUUGAACUUGUGGAGCUUCGGAAGAAGCAUGGAUUUUUAUUGGUCAUUGAUGAUGCCCAUGGGACACUUGUUUGUGGCAAGCAUGGUGGUGGAGUGGCAGAGCAGUUUGAUUGCGAGAAUGAUGUGGAUAUAUGCAUCGGAACUUUGAGCAAGGCUGCAGGUUGCCAUGGUGGUUUCAUUGCAUGCAGCAAAAAGUGGAAACUGCUCUUACAAUCAAGGGGUCGAUCUUUCAUAUUUUCAACGUCUCUUCCAGUACCUAUUGCCGCAGCUGCACAUGCGGCACUUAUGGUGGCAAAAAAGGAAGAGUGGCGUAGACAGGCAAUUUGGAAUCGGGUGCUUGAUUUCUCCGAUUUAACCCAAAUUCACAUUACUAGUCCCAUCAUUUCUCUUAUCAUUGGUAAUGAAGAAACAGCACUCCUUGCCAGCAGGCAUUUGUUGAAAUCUGGUUUUCACGUGACUGCAAUAAGACCUCCCACGGUGCCUCCCAAUUCAUGCAGGUUAAGGGUUACUUUAAGUGCUGCUCAUACUUUGGAUGACUUGAAAAAGCUCACAUCUGCUCUAUCUCACUGCAUCAAAUUAUCUGAUGUUGAUGGCAAGAACGGUAGUACUAUUAGAGCCCCCAAGCUCUGAGAUUUUUUCUUCAUCAUCAUCUUUGUCGUCGUUGUCGUUGUUUUGG